ACAAGCGCAGCGCACGGCUCCAUUAAAUGUCUUUUACCAUUACUGGGCACGGGUAAUGCGUACUCAUCUUCAGCCCGCAGCAGUCAUUUUUGGAGCGCACUGCCAUGAGUACCAUGGACAAAAAAGAAGAACAAAGCGAUUUAUUCGCCGGUUUCCGCACGGCUUAUAAAUCCUUUGCAACAGAUGCCAUACACGUCGGUCAGGAGCCGGAGCAAUGGAAAUCUAUGGCUGUAGUGCCGCCGAUUUCCCUUUCUACCACGUUCAAGCAGUACUCUCCAGGAAAGCACGCUGGGUUCGAGUACAGCCGGAGUGGAAACCCUACCAGGAACUGCCUUGAAAAAGCCGUAGCUGCACUGGACGGAGCAAAGUACUGCCUUGCUCUCGCUUCAGGACUGGCGGCCACAGUGACGGUCACUCACAUGCUCAAGGCAGGCGAUGGAAUCGUCAGCAUGGAUGACGUGUACGGAGGCACAAACCGCUACUUUCAAAGAAUCGCAGCUGAAGUCGGCCUGGAUGUGUCUUUUGCUGACUGCACAAAACCACAAUUGCUCAAGGCUGCCUUGAAGCCAAAUACUAAGCUGGUGUGGAUUGAAACACCCACCAACCCCAUGAUGAAGGUGGUGGACAUCAAGGCCUGCUCCGACUUGGUCCACGAGCACAACAAAGACAUAGUGGUGGUCGUGGACAACACCUUCAUGUCGGCCUAUUUCCAGCGCCCCUUGGCUUUGGGAGCUGAUAUCUGCAUGUACUCAGCCACCAAAUACAUGAAUGGCCACAGCGAUGUGGUGAUGGGACUCGUCUCCAUGAACAGGGAGGAUCUGUACGAGCGACUGAAGUUCCUGCAAAAUGCACUGGGUAGUGUGCCGUCUCCUUUUGACUGUUUCCUGUGUAACCGUGGAUUGAAGACCCUUCACCUGAGGAUGGAGCGGCACUUUAAGAACACCCUGGCUGUUGCCAAGUUUCUGGAGGCUGAUCCGAGGGUGGAGCGCGUCCUCUACCCAGGCCUGCCGUCUCACCCCCAGUACGAAGUGAUGAAGAGACAGUGUACUGGGUGUCCAGGGAUGAUUGCCUUCAACAUUAAAGGGAAACUUGAGCAUGCUACUACCUUCCUCAAUAACCUCAAAAUGUUUGCGAUUGCAGAAAGCCUCGGUGGGUACGAAAGUUUGGCAGAACACCCGUAA